AUGCCCUUCGCUCAGUUGGUUAUUGGAUCACCUGGAGCUGGGAAGUCUACAUAUUGCAAUGGCAUGCACCAGUUCCUAGGUGCUAUCGGCCGGAAAUGCUCCAUUGUCAAUCUUGACCCCGCCAAUGACAAGACUUCAUACCCUUGUACGGUGGAUGUGCGCGACCUUGUCAAACUAGAAGAGAUCAUGGAUGAAGAUCAUCUAGGACCUAACGGAGCUACACUAUAUGCGCUUGAGGAGUUGGAGGAGAAUUACUCAUGGCUAGAGGACGGACUGAAGGAACUUGGGGAUGAUUAUGUUCUUUUCGACUGUCCAGGCCAAGUUGAGCUUUUUACGCAUCAUUCAUCGUUACGAAAUAUCUUUUACCGGAUUCAAAAAUUAGGCUAUCGUUUAGUAGUGAUUCAUCUCGUCGACUCAUACACCCUCACACUUCCAUCAAUGUACAUAUCCGCCCUCCUCCUAUCACUCCGCACAAUGCUCCAACUCGACCUCCCACAUCUUAAUGUCCUGACAAAAAUCGACAAUCUCUCCAACUACAACGACCUCCCCUUCAACCUAGACUAUUACACAGAAGUGCAAGAUCUCUCCUAUCUCGUCCCACACCUAGAAGCCGAGUCUUCCCGCCUUGCACAUACCAAAUUCGGCGCUUUGAACGAGGCCAUCAUCAGCCUCGUGGAGGAAUUUGGACUCGUCUCCUACGAGACACUGGCCGUUGAAGAUAAAAAGAGCAUGAUGAACUUGCUUCGCGCGAUUGAUCGUGCAUCGGGAUACGCCUUUGGACCUGCGGAGGGCGCAAAUGAUACGAUCUGGCAGGUUGCUAUACGGGAGGGAAUGGGGGUCUCGGACGUACGAGAUGUACAGGAGCGUUGGCUGGAUGCAAAGGAUGAAUAUGAUGAUAUGGAGCGGGAUCAGUUAGAAGAAGAAGCACAGGCGAGAAACGCAGCAUACAAGGAUUCGAACGGCGACGGCGACCUGGAUGAUUUCGAUGAGGACAAGGAGAUGGCGGACUGGUCAUCGAAUCCUCCUAUGGCUGAUAGUGGUAUCAAAGUGCGCCGCAAGAAUGAAGGACACACUACCUAA